UCGAGAAGGUGGGUUACCUACCGCAGAAAGUUGCAGAGCGACAGCACGGUUGCUUCGGUUUGACAGCAUAGGGCGACACUUUAGAACCCCUCGUCAAAAAACUACAUUUUUGAGCUAUCAAAAGAAGCAGGUGUGUACAAGUUGGCUAUACAACAUCUUCCAAAUCAUUCAGAGAUGUUGGCGUGCACGGAGAUGAUCACCAUGUGCCUUCAGUCGGCAAAACAGAAGCAUAAUCGCGCUCAGCAGCAAGAACAGCAGCCACUGCAUAGCCACGUUAAUGGACUUCCAAUUUUCAAAGAUAUUUUCCGGCGUGCUGACAAAAACGAUGAUGGGAAACUGUCGUUUGAUGAGUUCAAUGCUUAUUUCGCCGACGGGAUUCUCACCACUGAGGAGUUGAAGGAGCUCUUCUACUCCAUAGAUGGAAAGCAGAAUACCAACCUAGACACCGACAAGCUAUCAGAUUACUUUGCUCAACACUUGGGGGAGUAUCUGAAUGUCCUCUCUGCUCUGGAAACCCUAAACGUCGCCAUCUUGAAGGCCAUGGACAAAACUAAAGAGGAGUACCAGGGCUCCUCUGUGCUGGGACAGUUUGUGACCCGCUUCAUGCUGAGGGAGACCUCCAGCCAGCUGCUCUCUCUCCAAAUGUCCCUGCAGUGUGCCAUGGAGGCUGUGGAGGAGGAGAGCAGACCCGCGCCGAGAGAGGUGAAGGCGGCGGAGCAUCCCUCUGCGCAGAGGAACAGCAGGCGAUGUGGCCGCAAGGUUCAGAAGAACAUGUGCCUCUCCCCCACCGACCCCUACUCUGGCAUUCUCACUACAGGAGUGACCAUGGAGACUGAUGACCACUGGUGCUCCCAGAUCAACAGGCUCCAGCUGCUAUUGGACAAGCUGGAGUGGCAGAGUCCAAAGUUGGAACCCCUGAAAGAAGAUAUGCUGGCCAGUACAUAUAAAUCUAACAUCCUGCUGGUGCAGAGGCAGAUUUCGGCGACGGAGGAGGACCUCGAGGAGUUCCAGAAGGUACUCCAGAGCUACGUGGACGCCACGUCCAACCACAGCGACAACUUGCAUGUGUCUAUCCAGAAGCUCCAAGGGAAGUCGUGCUUCAUAAUAUAUGAGUUUUGGCAGGAUCGUAUCUCCUGGAUGAGCUACCUGCAGUCCGAUGCCAGUAAGAAUUUCCAGAGCUGUGUCAUUGAUAUGCUGGAGGAUCCCAAGCUUGUGUCUACCAUGCUGCUCCCAGCAUCCUGGUGGAUCAUGACUAACAACUAGCAACAGAGCACAGAACACCAUAUCUCCUGCCCGCCCCCACACACACAACACAACCCCAAGACAAGAGAUGCAAAAGGCAUCCAAGUCUUUCUGUUCAGAGCGUGCGGACACGGAACACUGCGUUAAUACAGCAUCGUGCGGCGACAUCUUUCUUAUGUACCGUCGACUCAUACUGGUCAUUACCAUAAUGUGCUGUUUCUCUGAAAAAAGGGGGCGAGGAAAAGCAGCCAAUGACAUGAAAGCGAUUCUUUGCAUUGUAAAAGCCAAUGGCAACGCUUUUGAAGCUCUCACUCCGAUACCAUGUUAGAAUCGAUCACGUGGCUUGAAUCAAAAGAUUCUAGUUUAGUAAUAGCGCAUUUCCAUUCCCGACAGCGAUGGAGACAUCAUACAGUUACUGCAAUGUGAUACAGUACAUGCUUUUUAAUGACUUGCUUACUCUUCAGUAGAAUUUGAAGAGAACGACUGGGGCUAGCCGUUUUAAAAUGCAUGCAGACCAACGUUUGACCGAGCCUCGGAAAUUAGUCGCUUUGCAUUCUCACUGCGUAACCUACAGAUAAUUUAUUUCCUUAGAUAGGAACCAAAAUGUGAUGUUUUUCGAAUGCUGAAUGGUUCCUACUCUAGUCGGGGGAGGGGAGGGGGGUGGGUGGGGGUUAUUGAUGUUGCACCCUGCUGCUUUCUUAUUCUUACUUAAGGGACCCCCUGCAAUGUAAUCUAUCUGUUGUUAGGUUUUCUAGUGGUUUGAGUUACGUUGCCUGUCUUUUUAAAUGAGUUUGUCCUAGAUAAUUAACCUGUUUUAAAGAAAGUAUCUAUUAAGCCUAUAAAGCAGAAUACUUUUCAAUGAGAUUUCUUGGUGUGUCACCCUCUCAAGACAUCGUAGAACUAUUCUCUCCCCCCCUAUUUUUCCAUAGUGUACUUUAUUUAACAGAAUAAUAAGAGAAUCAGUCAUGUGCAUAUGGAUGUGUUGUCAUUGUGCUUUUGUUGUUAAUGAAGUAUCUUCUCCAUGUAGAAAUUCAACAUAUUCACUUUAAUAAAAGUCAAUGGCCAGUCA